GACAGGGAGGCCAGCCAACCAGUCUCUCUUGCUGGGGGUUAAGAGUGUUUCUGCAGCCAAUAAUACGCGAUGGUUUCAACCAGCCCCGCCUUCUGAUAGUGACGCAAUUCAGUAUAGGAAAUAGAAACGUUUGCUUUGUUUACGUGGAGAGAGAUCGCUGUAUCAGUGAUGAUUUUACAAGUCUGUCUCCUGCUGUUUAAAGUAUUUAGGUUGGAUCGAAAUGUUUUCUAAUGAUUUUUGUGUUUGUUUAUUACCUGCACUGAGUUCCGGGAAAUGAAAAGCAUCCCCUUUCUGUGUUGAAUUUCACAUACAGAGUGGAGUGGGUCAGUCGCAUCUGCAGACAAGUUGAGCUUUUCAAUGAGAUUAUUUACUGAGAAACAAACGCGUUUGAAUUCCAGCAGAGCUCAGCGGGAUUUGGAAAGACGAAAGUAACUCCUUGCAAAGCCUGUUGUUUGUGUUCUUUCAUUAUCACACCAGAAGAAGUGAUGAAUAUAUUUGAAUGGGAAGGCUACAGUAAAAAAUAAAUAUUACUAAAUAAAAACCGAACCCGGUGUUUCUGAAUGAAAAGAGGAUUCCGCUAGACCAGUCUGAAACUAAACCAGUGAAGAUGGACGUCAGUGUGUCCGUGUCGUUCUUUCAAGACGAGCUCGCCUCUACCAUCGAGCACGCAGUGAAAGCGGCUGUAGACACCGUCUUGUGUGCGAUUACUAAAGUUGUCGGCAGCAAAUUCACUGAAUUCCAAGUGGAAAUGGCUGGAAAGGAGAAAGAGAAUGAAAGUCUGAAGCUGAGAUUGGAAAUAUCAGAGAGCGAGUUGAAAGCUGUGCGAGGGUGUAUAAACGCUGCAGAUGCAGAUAUAAAACAACCUCUAAUAUUUCAAGUGCAAUGCACACGGGACGACGAAGGAACCAAAAAGGGCUAUCUACAGAAGGAAGAUACCAAAGAGAGCCACACUAUCCCCGAGUCUGAAGUACAGGAGAGGCCAAAGAUAGAAGCAGUUUACACACAAGAGGAGUCCUUUGAGCAGGAGUGGUGUGCAAGUCUAAUGCAGGUUACAGAGCUGGCAUUUGUUAAAGAUGAAGAGGUCCCUCAACAGGAAUGUGUUCCUAUUAAAGAGGAAUUCAUAGAGCAGGAAUGUGUCGCAGAGGAACUUCCUAAUGAAAAUAAUGUCUGUACACUUGAGGAGAACAAGAAACUGGGAUCCAACCUGUGUGAUGAUCCUCCAUCUGAAUGUGAACUGGGAUUUAGAGCUUCUAAAGUAGAUGAAGGAGAACACAACUCCAGUCCAUCACCACAGUGCAAAAACUCUUCUAGAGGCAAACUACAGUGCAAGAAACACAGAGAAACACCACCCCGAGAAGAAAAUGUGAAGACAUUGAGAACUCACUCAGUUAAAAUUCCUUCUUUACAAGACAGGCACCCACUUACUGUGGAGAGUACAGAGACGGCACAUUCUGUAUGUUUUAACAAUUCUGAAAUCCAGGGCAACUUGAAGACCUUGCCUCAUUCUGUUAAAGGUGGGAAGAGUUCCUGUCAAUUAGACGUUCCUGAAACUCACAAGGGAAAUCCCACAGGAGGGACUACGUUUUUCUUGGCUGAUUGUGGGAAGAGUUUCAAUCAUAUAUCACUGCUUAAAAGAUACCAGCGCAUUCACACAGAAGAGAAACCUUCCCACAUACAGUACAGUGAUAAGAGUUUCACAGAGUUAGGAAAUCCUCAUUCACACCAGCGCAUUCACACAGGAGAGAAUCCUUAUCACUGUGCUGAGUGUGGAAAGAGAUUCAGUCACUCAGGAAACCUUAAAAUCCACCAGCGCAUUCACACUGGAGAGAAACCUUAUCACUGUUCUGUUUGUGGGAAGAGAUUUAGUCAGUUAGGAGACCUUAAUAAACACAAGCGCAUUCACACAGGAGAGAAACCUUAUCACUGUGCUGUUUGUGGGAAGAGAUUCAGCCAGUUAGGAAACCUUAAAAGACACCAUAAAAUUCACACUGGUGUGUAAUCCUAUCCCUGCACUUAAUGUGUGAAGAAGUGAAGUAGGUUGCUGGCUCUUACAGGACCCGAGAGCAUUCUCAGAAUUGCAGACACUUGGGGACACCUAAACAACAGGAGUGCAUUUGACUAAAUACAGAAAUAUUUACUGAAAACCAAAAGAAUAAACUUGCUUGAUAAAUAGGGUCAGCUCUAAUCACAAUUUAUUCAGAACAAAAACUCACAGAAAAAAUAUGAACGACUACAUCUUGUAUUCAUCGUUGUUGAGCAUUCGGAUUGUGUUACGUCACAUUAGUAAUAUAUUAAAUAGAUUGUUAUUAUGUA